AUGGCUGGCUGUGUGUUUCCAAUGGGACCAGAGAGCUUUCAGCGCUUCACGCCGGACUCCCUGGCGGCCAUCGAGCAGCGCAUCGCCCAGGAGGAGGCCCGACGCAAAAAACAUUACCAGGAGCAACGUGAGGACCUGGGCGAUGUGCAGAUCCUCAGGUCCCGGCCCGACCUGGAGGCAGGAAAACAGCUGCCGCGCAUCUUCGCCGACAUCCCGUCUCAUCUGGUGGGCGUUCCCCUGGAAGACAUCGACCCGUACUACUUCAAAGACAAGAGGACCUUCAUAGUCCUGAACAAAGGGAAGGCCAUCUUCCGUUUCAGUGCCACAUCAGCUCUCUACAUCUUCAGCCCUUUCCACCCCAUCCGCAGAAUCGCCAUCAAGAUCCUCGUCCACUCAUUAUUCAGUUUAUUCAUCAUGUGCACCAUCCUGACCAACUGUUGCUUCAUGGCCAUGUCCGAGCCGGCGUACUGGGCCAAAUAUGUGGAGUACACCUUCACAGGUAUCUACACCUUUGAGUCUCUCAUUAAGAUCUUAGCGAGGGGUUUCUGUGUCGGACCUUUCACCUUCCUGAGAGAUCCGUGGAACUGGCUCGACUUCAGCGUCAUCGUCAUGGCAUAUGUGACUGAGUUUGUGGACCUGGGUAAUGUGUCAGCCUUAAGGACGUUCAGGGUGCUGCGAGCGCUCAAAACCAUC